AAUGCCCUACUUACAUGGAUCCAUCAUGAUUUAGAGAUGUAAAGAUCUCAGUAAACUUUUGGCUUACAUUAGGCUCCCUCCUCUUGCUCCACAGUUCCUUGCUGACAUGGAAAAUAAUGCAUUCUUUUGGGAUGAUAUUGAAUGUCAGAAGCUUAUUAUGGAAGCAACGAAACGAGCCAUGUUACAAAGUCCUCGCACAAAACAUAGAAAGUCAACUGUUGGCACAUUAUUUGCAGUUGGAGGAAUGGAUUCAACUAACGGAGCAACAAGAAUUGAAAAUUAUGCUCUCCGAACAAACAUGUGGACUCCAGUAGCUAAUAUGAAUGGAUGGAGAUUACAGUUUAGGGUUGCAGUUUUGGAUGACAAGCUACACGUUGGUGGUGGUAGAGAUGGACUGAAGACUUUGAACACUGAAGAGCGUUACAAUCCCCAAACAAAAACUUGGAGAGUCAUGCCACCUGUGUCCACACACCGGCAUGGCCUUGGGGUGGCUGAAUUGGAAGGUCCUAUGUAUGCUAUUGUGAAAAGGAAACAAGAGUGA